AUCGGGACUUAUUGGUGCUAAAAUACUAUGUUGAUAGGCUGGGGUUGGUGCGUGUGUGGUCUGUAUUGUUUACGAGCCGGUGCAGCGCUGCAGGUUGCGGCGCGCGGGAGGCUGCUCGACAGGUCAGGCGCACGCGCGGGGCAGGCCAGCGUCCCGCAGCAGUGCCUCGCCGCCACUCAGUGCACGCGCCGCUCCGACGCCGCGCGCCCAUACCAGCGCUUCCGAGCGCGACACCGACAAGUUUCCCGAAAACUUUACCGCCUCACACACGCGAACUUAAGCUCACUCGCCGUGCUUACGCGAGCGAGCUUCUCCAACAGUGCACAGUGAAGUUCAUUAUUUACCAUUUACCCGCUCGGAGGGACGACAAUUCGUAUUUUAAGGUGUUGCGCACGAGUGGCGUGGCGCGAGGGUGUGAUGCGAGGGUGGCGGGGCGGCAGGCGCCGGCGCCGCGAGUAGCGACCAUGCGGGGGCCGCCACGCACCGCACGCGCCGCCGCCUGCCUACUUGCGCUAGUCGCUGUACUGACCAACGCUGUCGUCGCUGCCUCUGACGUCAUUAAGGGCCAGCGAGCACCGUGUUCCAACGAAGGCGAGCCCGUCCGGCUCCAAGACUCGAGACUAGAGCAAGACUUUAGCAGCUGCUUCCGCUGUAUCUGUAAGAACGGUUUCGUCGAGUGCCGAAGCGAGGGCGAGGAGUGCGGUCUCAUGGACGACUGUGCGGUGGUGAUGCCUCGCGAGGGUUGCUGCUCGCGCUGCAAGGGCUGCUGGUACAACGGCACCGAGCACGCCUCCCACACCGAGUGGGGGGAGGAGGGGAGGGUGCUUCGCUGCGAAGCUGGAGUGGUCACAAUCUCAAGGCCGGAGUGCUACGCGCCGUGCGACAGGCCGAAGCAUCAACGGCACACGCAUUACAACUGCCCUGUUUGUGAUGAAUGCGUGAUCAACGGUCAACGCGUGUGGGAAGGCCGUGAUGUGAGGAUCCCUGAGGAGCCUUGUCUAUCGUGUCGCUGUGUGCGUGGCGCCCUCUCCUGUGCCAAGAGGGCAUGCCCAGUGCUGCCGUGUCCACGCGCACACCACUAUACUCCGGCCGGGGAGUGCUGCCCGAGGUGCUCGCAUCCUACGGCUGAUAAAAUACUGCCAAGUGAGUAGACUCUAUUGCUAUAG